AUGGCGGAGGAGGCUAUUUUCAGCAUUCAUAAAAGAAGAAUGAAUGGUCAUAUACUCAAGGUGGAUUUCGCCAAAGCAUUUGAUUCAGUUGAUUGGGACUUCUUGUUGGAGCUCCUGAAAGUCAGGGGUUUUGGACCCAAAUGGCUAGGAUGGAUAUCCUCGAUCCUGAAUACUUCGAAAGCCUCUAUUUUAAUCAAUGGGUCCCCUAGUGGUUAUGUGAGGUAUCAAAGAGGUUUGAGACAGGGUGAUCCUCUAUCGUCGCUGUUGUUCGUGCUAGUCGCGGAUGUGUUGUGUACCAUGUUUGACAAUGCACUGAACUCUCAAAUCUUGAUCGGUGUGCCUACGGGAGAGCGGCUCUCUGAUCUGGAAACUAAUUUCUCCAAAACGUGCCUUUAUACCACUAAUUUGCAUCAACUCCCUCAUGUUAGUGAGGCUAAGACGAUCAACUGUGAUGUGGGCCUUCUUCCAGUUACUUAUCUAGGUAUUCCUAUUUCGGGCAGGAGGCCUCGUAAACAGGAUUGGGAGAGUUUGAUUGCCAAAACUUGUGGCUUGGAAGAACAUCUGUCGUGCAAAGGAGCAAGGAGGGUGGGGUAUAUUAGAGUUAUCGUCCUUCAAUCUGGCCUUGUUGGGGAAAUGGAGAUAGAAGUUCAGAUCAAAUUUGGAGCUGAGUCUCUUUUCUGGAAGGACAGAUGGCUCAAUGGUCUUGCACUGAUGUUUAUCUGGUCCGAAGCCUUCUCGGCAUCUUCUAUGCCUCACGGGACGGUUCGGGAGCUGGCUUUGUUACUUGAGAGGCCGCCGUUUGCGAACGACCCGGGUGUUGCGUAG